AAAAACACACACACAAAAAAAAAAAAAAAAUAAGAAAACGAAACGAAACGAAUUUACAUUCGAUAGGCAUUAUUAGUGCGCACUUGGAUUUCAACAAACGGCAACAUCAAUAGCAAGACACACAGCAACAAGACGGCCGUCAGCAUUUUGUUACGUUACACGCGCCCACUGUUCAAGCGAAACAUGCACAGCUGUACGCUUCUGCAGGAUGCUGCCAAUUAUCAGCCCGACACGCUGGAUCUCAACACAGAUGCCAAGGCGGCGGCCUACUGGUUCCCCUGCUUCCGCGAAUUGGUGGGCAAAUUCGCCAAACAGGCAGCAAACAGCCAGCUGGACGAUGACACGGCCGAGCAGCGGGCAGCGCAGUUCCAGGCCGCAUAUCUGUGCCAGCUGGAGGAGCACCAGAAUAACAUAGCCAACAACCGGGGCAAGGUGGUGCUCGGCACCAGCGAGUUGCUCAAGUUAAAUGAGACAAUGCUGAGGCGAUACGGCUUCACAGACCCUUGGCUGCGGCAGAAGCAGCAAGAAAAUGCCUCGGCCAAGGCCAGACUGAAGCAGCGCCUGCAGGAGAUCGACGACAUUGCCAAUGAAGACGCGCGCUGGACGGAGCUGGUGCGCGGUGUUCUGGCUGGCAACAUGUUCGACUGGGGUGCCCAGGCCAUAGCUACCAUAUUGGAGCAGGACAGCAAUUUCGGGCUGCAUGCGGCGCUGGAGCGCAUCGAGCAGCGGCCCUGGCUGCUGGACAAUCUGGAUGCUUGGCUGCAGCGGCUGCAUCUGAGUCCGGCACACAAGUGCGCCGUCAUCUUUGUGGACAACAGCGGCGUGGAUGUCGUCCUCGGGGUGCUGCCCUUUGCGCGCGAGCUGCUGCGACGUGGCACCAAGGUGCUGCUCUGCGCCAACAGCGAACCGUCGCUGAACGAUGUGACCAGCCGGGAGCUGAGCGAACUGCUGGACGAUUGUGCCUGCCAGUGCGAUGUCCUGGACAGCGCCUGGCGCUCGGGUCGCCUGCUGGUGUACGCCAACGGACAGAGCGGACCCUGCCUGGACAUGCGCACGCUGCCCCGGGAGCUGUGCGACGCCAUCGCUGCCAAUGAGACUGAUCUGCUUGUUAUCGAGGGCAUGGGCCGGGCCCUCCACACCAAUCUGAAUGCCCAGUUCGCGUGCGAGACCCUCAAGCUGGCCGUGGUCAAGAACCGCUGGCUGGCCAAGUAUCUGGGCGGCGACAAGAUGUUCGCGGUCAUCUGCAAGUACGAGCGCAGCUAGUGCUUGGCCGAAGGAUCUUCAUUUACUGUUAUACUCUGCAUUGUUUUUUUUUAAAUUGCAAAUUAUUGUUAUUGUUUGAACCGGAAGUCGAAAAAAAACAGAAGAGGAAGAAGAAGCAAACGAAGAGAUGGGAACAUUUUGAGAUUCAGAUUCAAUUGUCGUGUGGUUUAUCUCCCAAUUUAAAGACUGCUUAGAGAGAACGCGUCCCUUAGAGCAAGGGCAUGCAAGGACACGCAAUUAAACAGUGCUGUACGACCUAA